AUGGAAGAUAAAUUUUAUAAGACGAACGAAGAUAAAUUUUCAUGGAUUGUUGGACUCAAGGUUAGAAUUAAGACAACAUCUGACGAACAAUUUGAAGGUGAAGUUUUCAAUUAUGAUCCAGUUACUACUUGUAUUAUAAUCUUGAGUGAUGAAUCAACACCAGCAGUUGUAACACAAAAGAGAACAGUUAGAAUUAUAUUGGAAUCAUCGAUUAAAGAAAUUAAAUGUUUAUCAUUACCAACCAAUACCAACUCCAACACCACUACUACCACAACACCAACUGUUACAUCACCAUCAACUACAAACAAACAAAAUAAUCACAAUAAUCAUCACCAUCAAAAUAAUAUAAACAACGAUUUAUCACUACCAUCUUUAAAUGUACAAUUAAUUAUUAAAAAACAAGAUGAAGUCAUUAAAAAAGCUGCUCAAAAAGCAAUGAAAAUUGGUGUUGGUGUUACCCCUGAAGCUCAAGAAAUUUUUAAUUCUCUUUCUAGAACUUUACCAUGCGAUUGGUCAGGUGAAAAUAUUAUAGUAUUAAAUGAAGUUAAAAUUUCAAGUCCAUAUAAUAUUGAAAAUUGUACAGGUCCAGAAAAUUGUAAAUCAAUUGAAAGAGUUAAAAAAGUUUUAGAAGCUGAAAGAAAAAAAUUAAAGAUUUAA